UCAGAGCAGAGGGGCCUGACCUGCUGCUGCUGCAGAGAGGGCCUUCCGGGAGUGAGAAAUGACACACCCGGAGGACAAGAGAGGCUCCGGUCCUCCAGCAGGUCCAGCAGGCGCUCCUCCAAGCGGAGCCUUGGAGGGCAAGGCCGGCACCAUUACCUCCAACGAGUGGAGCUCUCCCAACUCCCCUGAGGGGAGCAACGUCUCUGGGGGCAGUCAGGCAUUGGACAAGCCCAUCGACAACGAUGCGGAGGGUGUUUGGAGCCCAGACAUUGAGCGGUGCUUCCAGGAGGCCCUGGCCAUCUACCCACCCUGUGGCCGGCGCAAGAUCAUCCUGUCGGAUGAGGGCAAGAUGUACGGUCGGAAUGAGCUGAUUGCUCGUUACAUCAAGAUCCGGACCGGGAAGACCCGCACCAGGAAGCAGGUCUCCAGCCACAUCCAGGUGCUGGCUCGUCGCAAAGCCCGUGAGAUCCAGGCCAAGCUAAAGGAUCAGGCAGCUAAGGACAAGGCCCUGCAGAGCAUGGCUGCUAUGUCGUCCGCCCAGAUCAUCUCCGCCACAGCCUUCCACAGUAAAAUGGCCCUUGCCCGGGGCCCUGGCUGCCCAGCAGUCUCAGGGUUUUGGCAAGGAGCUUUGCCGGGCCAAGCCGGAACAUCCCACGAUGUGAAACCUUUCUCUCAGCAAACCUACACUGUCCAGCCUUCGCUGCCUCUGCCAGGGUUCGAGUCUCCUUCAGGAGCCGCCCCGUCGCCCUCAGCACCCCCAGCACCCCCAUGGCAGGGCCGCAGCGUGGCCAGCUCCAAGCUCUGGAUGCUGGAGUUCUCUGCCUUCCUGGAGCAGCAGCAAGACCCCGAUACGUACAACAAGCACCUGUUCGUACACAUUGGCCAGUCAAGCCCAAGCUACAGUGACCCCUACCUUGAAGCCGUGGACAUCCGCCAGAUCUAUGACAAGUUCCCAGAGAAAAAGGGUGGCCUCAAGGAGCUCUUUGAACGGGGACCUUCCAAUGCCUUUUUUCUCGUGAAGUUCUGGGCAGACCUCAACACCAAUAUGGAGGACGAAGGCAGCUCCUUCUACGGGGUCUCCAGCCAGUACGAGAGUCCCGAGAACAUGAUAAUCACCUGCUCCACCAAGGUCUGCUCGUUCGGCAAGCAGGUGGUGGAGAAAGUGGAGGUAGGAGUACCCUGUGCACUUGUGAAACAGACCUUUAAACUGUUUCACACAGAGUACGCCCGCUACGAAAACGGCCACUACUCCUACCGCAUCCACCGGUCCCCGCUCUGUGAGUACAUGAUCAACUUCAUCCACAAGCUGAAGCACCUGCCCGAGAAGUACAUGAUGAACAGCGUGCUGGAGAACUUCACCAUCCUGCAGGUGGUCACCAACAGAGACACACAGGAGACUCUGCUGUGCAUUGCAUAUGUCUUCGAGGUGUCAGCCAGCGAACACGGGGCUCAACACCACAUCUACCGGCUGGUGAAAGAAUAAGAGACUCGGGGAGCAGGGAUGGGGGAAGAGAUGUGUGUGUGUGUCAACUGGACUUCAGGGAUGGGAGUGAGCAGGGAGUGGGUGAUUCAGGGAAGGGGCCCAGUGGUGAGGGGCUGCCCGUUCGUGGAUGGGCCAUGUUUGGAUACACAAGCAGGAGGAAGGCUGGCCCUCCUUCUGGGUGGGUUACCUAGUCUCCCUCUGUCCUCCACAGACCAGAACCCCUCUCUAUUAAAAAGCUGUAACAAGCACACGGACUACUGCUAGACCUCAUACUGAGUCGCUUAACACUACUGUGCAGGGGGCCGAGGUGGGGCGUGGGGUCCCCAAGUCCCUGGCUCGGGCUGGCAUGUUCCCGCCUGUCUGUGAGGGAUUGUGUUUGUGUAAGGCUGUCCGCCCUGCCCCCAGUCACCAGCACAGUCUUGCCCUCUCCCCUCUGCCCUUCCCUUUUCCUGGGGCUGUUUGGAUAAGGGAGCUCAUGAUGUCUGCCCUGCUAGCUGACUGGGAACCUCCAGACAAAUGCUCACGGAGGAUGUGUGAGCAGCCUGUUGGCCGUGGGACAGACGCACAGGUGGGGGGGGGGCGGGUCUUUUUGUAUCAUGAGUGGGAAGGCGUCUGCAGAUGUUGCUGGGCCAAGUGCUGGCUGUGAGUUUUCCCUUUUCCUUAGGAACUGACCUCAGUAACCUAAUGGAGAUUCACCUACUUAUAGCCGCUGUGGGGAACAGAUGAGCUGUAGAGUCCGUCCCACUGUUGGAGGGCAGACUGCGACCCUCGGGGCAGAUAGGAGACCCGACCCAGCCCCCCUUCUGCAGCCUCACUGACAUGCCCUGGGUGCUCUGAAUCACUCAUCCUUCCCAGCAUGCCUCUGCCUCUUGGCCGUGGCCUCUGCCCCCACUGGAGAAUGGUUAUUUAUGCUUCAGGAACCAGCAUCACCUCUUCGCAUGCAGAAGGGUUUGCCACUCCUCUUGUGUGGCCAAAGCAUUCCAGUCCUGACCCGUUAGAGCACCUGCUAUAUACAUGUACUUCUGUCAUCUCUGCUAACCCUCACCCCACAGGUACUGUGCUGUCCCCGUUUUGAAGGUGAGGAAGGGGGCACAGAAUGAGCACUAACGUUCUGGCAGUAUUCAUACAUUUAUUCACACGUGUGGCACAUAUUUAUUUAAAUUCUGCGCUGUGCCAGGCCCUGGGAAUGUGUUGGUGACCAAGACAGACGAGGUCCUUGGGGAACUCGCACUUUACUGAGGAAGAAAAAGUGAGCAAGGAAACCAGAUGUGAACGGAUACAGGCUGUGGGAGGAGUGUGCUGAGGGUGGGGCACUGGGGAGCCUCAUGCCUGAGGAGGGCCAGGGCAGGACAGUGACUGGUGUGUUCCAGGCCAGAGACGACAGUGUGUCGGGGUACAGAGGGGGAGACGCAGGGCUGAGGUUCAGAGGCUGCAGCCAGCCGUCCAGGUGGGGGCUCGCUCCUCCGCUGGGCAAACCCCCUCACUCGGUAAGGACUUGGGGUUUUACUCCAUGGGAAGGGGGUCUUGGAAAUGUUUUAAGCAAAGGAAUGAGUCUUUUUUAUCUGAAUUUUAGAAAGCAGCACUGGAGCUGCCUGGACUACUGAGAAGCACAUGUAAUUGUCUGCUUCUGAGUCUGUCUCCUCCUAGACGCAGCUUCUGUGGGUGGAGGCCAUAGCCUUCCUGGUCUGUUACUUCCUGUAGACCAGGCACCGCUUCUGGAGCCAACUGGGGCCUGAAUGACCACACGUGUACAGGCCGUGGGAUCCAUGCCAUUGGGGCCAGGGAGGUGUGCAGGCUUCCUGAGGCCUCUUGGGUAGAGCCUUGCCCUCCUAUUACAAUUUAUAGCGAGCAGGCACUGCCAUGGAGAUGGGGAUGUGGAAAUACUGCCUGUCUGGUGGGGUCUGAUGAUGACAGAGCAGCCUGUGACCCAGUGGCCACCAAAGAGCUCCUAUAGAGUAGGAUGAUCUAACAAGAGAUACAUGCCUUUAAGGUGCGUGUACACAAGUGUGUUGUGUGCGUGCGGAUGUGUGGACACAGGCUCUGCCCUUUCAGGACUGAAGCCAGGGGAGAGAGGAACAAGGGGCUGCCAUGGUGUGGCCUGGCCCAGGCCUCCUACAUACUUUGUACAUCUGCUCCCUGUCCCUGGUUGUGGGGUUCAGAGGACAGUGGGCAGGGUGGUGAUAGGGCCAGAAGUAGGAGGGCUGGCACCUCUUGUAAGCAAGUGUGAUGGCAGUGGGUAGCUCUGACAACUGGCGGGGCUGGGCCUGGAGUGGGCCACACCUCACAGAGGAGGAACGUGAGGCCAAGCAGCGAUGUGUUUGGUUUUACCCAGUGGCCAUUUGUGUUUGGGCUCUUAUUCCAUUAUCUUUUACGUCAGUUCCAAGAUGAAAACAAAAAGCUUUUUGCCAGUUAAUUCUAUACAAGUUGUUUUUAAAACCUUAAACCCUGGAGCCAGGCUCGUCUGAAGCAGAAUUGCCUUCUUACAGCCGUAUGAUCUGGUGCAGAUGACUAACUUCUCGGAGUCUUCAUAACCGCAUUUGUAAACGCGAGUUAAAGGGCUUUGACUUGAGCGGCUGCUGGGAGGAAGAGCGCCCGCACCCUGAGUCCCAGUGAGCGCUGAGAAGGCUAUCAAGGUAGAGGUUUCAGCCUUUUCCAGCUUGAACACCAUGAGUGAGUUACUAAAACUCCACGGCACACCAAAAGUAUAUUUUUUGCUGAUCUGACAAAAAAAGAAUAGGUAUAAUUUUGGUUCAUUCACACCGGAUAGCUAUUGUGUUGCCUGUUGUCAUUUUUUUAUUUGACAACCUAAAGGAAAGGCGGUCAGCGCUCCUGACUUAAUAUAAUAGUCAGGUGUUGCAUGAUUAUUGCAGCACAUGGUUGAAAAUCACUGACUUGGGGGUAUAAAAAUUUCACCUAACUAUUCAUACAUACACACACACACACACACACACACACAUUUCACCUAACUGCUCCACACACACACACACACAAACACACAUUUCACCUAACUGCUCUCCACACAUACACACAAAACACUUCACCUAACUGCUCUACACAAACAUACCUCACCUAACUGCUCUACACACACACACACACACAUACCUCACUUAUUUUUAGAGAACAAAACAAGCUGUAUGCAAAAUGGGGCAAAACAGGCAGGGAGGAGGCCUCAAGGCUAAGAGCCGGCCCCAGGGCCCCAGUGAAGGGUCUUAAGGGGAGGACAGAACAAAUGUUGGCUAAGUCACUGAGUAGGAAACUGUCUGGAAUUUGUUUGCUUCCUCAGAAAGGAUGGGGAAAGGGUCAAGUGCCUUUGUAGGCGGCUGGAGACCAGUUGUUGGAAAUGGCUAAGGGUCUUUUUAAGCUCAAGGAUGUCUAAUAUUCAACUAAGUUUUUGUAUUUUUGCUAUGAAAACCCCCUUUGUCUCUCCACAUCUUCAGUAAAGUCUACCAUGUACACAAA